AUGCCAAGUCAUACUGAGGAAUGUCUCAAAUAUGGACCUGCAACCAAAAAAUGUCUAGAUACUCCAGAAAUCUUGGACAUGAUUCUGGCUCGGGUGGAUAUACGCACGCUUCUCACGUCUGCUCAGCGCGUCUCCCGUAGCUGGUCAGACAUGAUCAGCAACUCGCCGUCCAUCCAAAAGACCCUUUUCUUCACUCCGAUUAGGAACUCCGAAUGGGGAAUGAAUAGAAAAUUUUUCAACCCGCUGUUGAUUGAGGUUUUCACAUCAUUCUUUCCUGCCAGAGACGGACGGCCGGGCAGCUGGCAACCCUUGUGUAACUUGCCUAUGAUUGAAGACGCCUCAUUGAUGGCUCGACUCGUACGAAAGGACGCAAGCUGGCGUAAGAUGCUAGUCCGACAGCCUCCAAUCUUCGAGAUUGGAAUUUUCAAGAUAUCCAGCUCAAGGGCAGGCGAUGGUGCCAGAAGCUCUAGUAUCCCGGCAGAUUUAAAGAUGCAAGAAUCCGGACACGAUGGAAUACGGAUGGAAAGGCUCUUCGAGGUUUUUCUCUUGACUCACUGGUCCACCCAGAAGGUUUAUUGGGCCACGGAAAAAUCGACCGGGUUUCACCACAGCUCCCAGGAUAUCACCGAUGAGUUCUACCGGAAUCUGAACGAGUUCGGCUUGGUUCUGUGUGAAAGCAAGGUCGAACAAUGCACCGUAGGCUGGCGUUCUCCAAGUCCUGUGCAAAUAAUCAGGGAGAUAAUAAUCGAUGAGUAUAGAGAAUGCGUUUUGGAUGUUGAUAUCAGGAGCAAGGAUAUUAAAGAAUCGGAGUUAAACGGGGGUGAGCCGGUAUUUUGCUACCGCACAGGUAGAUAG